UCUGAACAUCCAGCCUCAACUCAAUCUCUAAUUUCUAUCCCUGUUGCGCCUCUCCCUUCGACUUCGCCCUCGGGCUCAUUCUUAGGCACUUCUACAGUCGAUCAGACCGGUUGUCUUGAAACAGACUUACCCAUUUUAAUAGUGCAUACGCCUUCAGAGCCGCCGGCCAAUUCAAGCCCAUCAUCUGAUCAGGUUGCACCCACUAGUCUGGACGAAUGGCUGCAACAGCAAAGAAGAAUCAUUGAUGCGGCAGAAACCCGAAAGGCACCUUUAAGAACUUCUAUUGAAUCCUUAGCGUCUCCAAGCCCUUCGGGUGAGCUUCAGUCGUCUGAAAAACUAAAUAAAGCUGAAUUCGGGCAUCCUUCACUUCCAAAUCCUCGUUCUCUUGAUUCUUUUAUGGAGUAUCAGAUUGAGCUUCCCAAACUAGUUGACUUCACCUUGGAAGAGUAUACUGAAAAACUUUUCUCAGCUUCUCUACCACUAGCCCCGCUAAUCCUUCUUCUUGUCGGCAUCUCAGAUAUUCGAGUCGAUGCCCGUCGUCUCCUCCAGCUCUACCAGCGACCGGUACCUCGGAUUGCUGGUUCCAUCGGUCGGUGUACAGCUCCUUCAUAUAUUUUUUGA